AUGGAAGAUAUUACCCAAGAUUUGUUUUUAGCGGGCGAUAAUGUUCCUUGCUUAGAUUGUCGAGAUAAAACAUUAGCCUUGUUUAAAGACAUGAUAAAAAGAAGUAAGCAUUUAGACACUGGCACUUUAAAAAAAGAAGUUGAGGGGGCAAAAAAUAAAAAUGUUAUUAAAUUCGGUCAGCCUCCCUAUUUGAUAGGUUCUAGCAAAAUAUUGACUUAUGAACAGUUUAAGUUAAAUAUUAUCAGAACUAUUUCUAGUGAUUAUUUAGUAAAAGGAAACUUGACUUUCUUAGCCUCUUUUGUUGAAAGAUUUUUUAAAGAGUGUCAGAUAGUUGACAUAAAAGAAGAUGUCAGAGAUAUAAAUCACUUAGUUGAGUUGUUUGAAAAUUUUUCAACUUCCUUUUAUGGCCCUUAUUCUUCUAAAAAUGUUCAAGUAACUAGAUCAAAAGAUACCGCCGACAAUAAGUUUAGCGGUGAUGUCACUAAUUUGGUUUUUGACGAGGCGGCGGAAGAAGAUGAUAAGAAAACCCAUAGCAGAAUUAGUUUAGAAGAAGCGUUAAAACAUUCUUCCCCCACUAAAAAUAAUUCUAAAGUAAAGUGUAAGGAGU